AUUGGGUCGAAAGUUUCGGUGAAAGACUAUAAUACUUUUCUUGAUCGCAACGAAUCAACCGGAUACAAGUUUCAUUGGGACAGCGGAGAUGUAUACAUUAUUGAUACGUCCUACCCAGUUCAUGAAGCUGUUGUUGCACGGUUGAUGAAAUACUUUAAUGAUGAUCCUCCAAUAGAUGUUGAAGGUCAACCAUAUCAUUAUGAUCCAACUGUUAUCGGAAAAAAACUAGCAUCAGACAUUGUAAUCUACCCAGAUGUGGCACAUGUUCAAAAACCUACUUUUCCACAUCCUGGUCAUCCCCCCAGCGAUCUAGAGGGAAAUCCUCAUGGACGAAUAUUCUGCGAAGUAGCUACAUAUCAAAGCGUCGCUCUCUGGGAAGAAAAAUGUAAGAAUUGGAUGCAUGAACAAUAUGUGCGAUGUGUAUUAGGUAUCAAACUUUAUGGUAUAAGGAAAGGAAGUCAUCAUCGGUCAAUGACGGCCAAAUUAUGGACACAUCAGAGACCAGCACCACCAGCAGUGAGUUCAACAGAACCAACAAUGCCGGGAAUAUUUGUCCAAGAGUGGGACUUUGGAACUUUACAAUAUAAUAGUAGUCAACCUACUGGUUGCACCGGUGCGAACAUUCCUGCCUACCAAAUAAGUAUUCCGGUAUCGGACGUUUUCUGGGAUCCACCAAUUGUUGCAGGAAUUCCGAAUACAACCGGAUAUAACGUAACAGUUCCUAAUGCAGUUGUCGGCAAUAAUUUCAUCAUCGAUUUAUAUAGAAUUCAACAAAUUGUUUUAAAAAAACAGCGUUAA